GGGAAAUUGUAGAGCAAACGGUCAAAUAACGGCAUUUAGACCAACCACCGUUAACAGGAAGUGGAUUUUUUGUCAGAGUUGGAAGAUUUUGCAUCGGGAUAAUAAAUAGUAUAUGUGGAUUGAAAGUGAUUUGUAACCCUGAAGAUUGAAGGAAUUGGAAAGUAAAACUAGUGUGGACGUGGUCAGCGUAGUAAUUUUUGAGUAGGGAGUUAGAGAUGGAGUUAGCGGGAGAUGGAGCAGCGAUACAGAAGAACACCGUUAAAAACUUGGAGUGAUGACAGGGAGUUUGUCUGUAAAGAAACAUUAUCAUCUAGUCCAGAUAGAGCCCGAUUGGGACCAGAUACAUUAAGACAUAAGAUUGAUCCAUUAUCUGAAAGGGGAAAGAAUCUCACAAUGGUAAGAAAUAUGGGGACCAAUCUUCAACCUUCGGGGACCAGUCUGUCAUCUUCUGACAUGUGCGCAGACAGAAACAAUUCAGCAUUAUUACGUCGUAGUUUUGACAUUCCAAGGAGCACAUUAGAUCUGUACAUUAGCAAUCAGAGAAGUUUAUCUGAUUCCGAGUUAGAAAAGACUUCAAGUAGUUUGCCGUCGAGCAUGACCUCAGAGUUUUUAGAUUUACCUCAAAGAUUGACAGCUCGCUCGAUUUCACCGGUCAGAAGUAGAUUAGACUCUGAAAAACUUUAUCUUGAUCUCACAAAUGUGAAAUCAAAUAGAUCUCAAAAACAUUUACGUUCAAAUAGCCAUAAUCCAGAACAACCUGCUGUUGAAUUGCCAAAAAUAGAAUUCAGCAAUAUAGACGUGGUAGUUGACAAUAUUGAAUGUAACGAGGGAAUUCAGCAGUCUGAAUAUUACAUGGAAAAUGAAAGUGAUACACAUUUCGAAAAUGACAAUUAUGUUUCGAGAAAUUCAAACUUAUGGAACAAUUUAGAUCCACAGAUGCAUUCUUUGUUAAGUCCACGUAGUAGUAAUGGCAGUAUUUGUAGUUAUCGAUCAAGCAAUGCAGAUUCAGCAAUAGAAAUGCUUACGCCUGAUGAAGAAAUUCAUGAACAUUCUUUAUCGGAAGUUACGGAAUCUCGACUUUGGGAUCAUAAACUGAAGUCAAAAAGAACUGAAAUUCAUGAACUGUUUAAUGAUUCUACUGAAGGUGCUAAUUAUGAUAUACAUAUGAUUCACUCAUCUCCCAAAGCUGAAAAAAGUUCAUUUCAUUCAUCAAAAGAAGAUAUCAAACCUAGUCCUCCUCCAUUAGACAUUUUUCAUAGAAUGACUCAGCAGAUUUCAUCAGAUGAAACAAAUACACCUUCACAAUUGAAGAGCAAUAAAGGGACACGACCUCCGUCUGUUGUCAUUAGUGAUUUUAGCAGCCAGAUUUCAUUAGAGAAUAAAAGUUCACAAACAUUGACAUCGGACAUCACUACGCAAGCUCAGGGCAAUUUUCUUGAUGAUCGUUACUUGUUCUUCCAUCGUAGUUUUUCCAACAGUUCAAUAAGCUCAAAUGAAUCAACUUUGUCUAUACAAUCAGAUUCUUCACAAGAUGUAGAGGACCAGCAGGAAUUUCCCAUAAAACUUUCCAGAAAGGUAAGUCUUAAAUUUAUCUUAAAUAUAGAUAUAGUUGUAUAA